UCUCACUGCUCGCGUCUCCACGCCACGCAGCCGGAGCCGGAGCCGGAGCCGAAGCCGGAGCCGGAGCCGGGGCCGGAGUCGGCCAGCGUGGCGGCCGCGAGCAGCGGCCCAGACGCGGCCGGCGCCGGCGGCGAGCCCGACGAUGACGAGGAGGAGCAGCACGACCCGCACUUCGACCCCAUCAUCUCGCUGCCGCUGGUGCAGCUGCCCGUGUGCGAGGCGCACGAGGAGACGAUGCUGCAGCUGCGCGCCAAGCUGUUCCGCAUGGACCGGUCGGGCGAGGUGCCCGAGUGGAAAGAGCGCGGCACCGGCGACGUAAAGAUCCUUCGCCACAAGACCAAGCCGAGCACGCGUCUGCUCAUGCGCCGCGACAAGACCCUCAAGGUGUGCGCCAACCACUUCAUGACGCAGGACAUCACCCUGAUGCCCAACUGCGGCAGCGACAGAGCCUGGGUGUGGAGCGUCGCCUGCGACUUCUCUGAUGAAGAGCCCAAGCCCGAGAUGCUUGCCAUCCGGUUCGCCAACGCUGAAAACGCCAAGAAAUUCAAGGAGGUGUUCACGGAGGCGCAGAAAAUCAUGCAGGAGGGGAACCAGCCAGCCGCCGAACAGCCGGAGUCGGAGUCGAAGCCGCCGCCGCGGGAGGCGUCCGGCGAGGUGGCCGACCAG